GAUUCCGCACCGAAGAAUACAGUGUAAGAAAGCGAACAAUUUGAAAUGUCAGGCGAAGAGAAAAGAAAAUAAACACUGAACAGGUUUUUUCCUCAAAAGCAGUAUAGGAUAAGAAUAACUUUCCAUUAUGGAUGAAAAUAUGUCUGAUGACGAAAAUCGAGAAAAAACCUCUGAUAUAGAAAAUCGAAAAAGAUUAAAAACUGAAGGAAAAUCAGUUGAAGAAUUUUCGAAUUGUUCCAAUAAUACCGGACAAGAAAGUGCUAGUACUAGUACAGAUAGUGGUUUCCCUAGAUCGCGAAAUUCCAAAAAUCGUAGCUACAGGAAUCAUUCUAAUUCUGAAGAACUAGAAGAGCAUACGAGCAAUGAUAGUGAAGGUAACGAAGAUUUCUCCCUCGCUCGAGAACAAGAAUACUCUCCGGUCCAAGAAGAACACCCCUCCAUACAAGAAGACGAAGAUUCCGUUAAUUUAGAUGACAUAGAAGCAAAUUCCAACCUAACAAGUAGCAGUUCCAAUUCAACCGUUAUAAAUGAUACGGAUGUUGAUUCAGAAGGAGAAGAACAUCCUGCAAUGAAAAAGGAAAAGCCUAAACACAAUUGGUUCGUCGUACCGGAAGUUUUAAAUAGACAAUUAGGUUCUAGUUCAAAGUUACAAUGUUCUGAUUUAUUUCAAAGGCGUUGUUACGGUUCCUUACGUAGUGUACAAAGGUUAGAGUUAAUGUACAAACUAGAAGGGCAUAAUGGCUGUGUUAAUAGUUUAAAUUUUCAUCCAAACGGACAUUUAUUGGCAAGUGGUUCAGACGAUUUGAAAGUUAUACUUUGGGAUUGGAAAGUAGGAAAAAAUAUAUUGAAAUAUGAUUCGAAGCAUAAAGAAAACGUUUUCCAAACAAAGUUCUUGAAUCUAUCAGGUGAUCUACAUAUAGCUUCUUGCGCCAGGGAUGGACAGGUUAGAAUUGCUCAAGUUUCGUGCGAACAAGGGGUACGGGAUAACAGAAAAUUAGGUAGUCACAGAGGACCUUGUCACAAAAUAGCUGUGCUCGGUGAUCAACCACAUGUAGUGCUCAGUGCAGGUGAAGACGGUCUCGUAUUUAGUCACGACGUUAGGAAAAAUAAACAAGAAAGGAUAGUGGGGGUAAGGGAUAACGAUGAUAGAGACGUAGCUUUGUAUAGUAUCCACAGUAAUCCUUUGAGGACUCUUGAAUUUUGCGUAAGUGGUAGGGAUGAACUUAUAAGAGUAUACGAUGUUCGGAAAAGUGAUGAUCCUUUAAAUACAUAUCAUCCUUUCAAUAAACGGAACGAUUCCGGGGCCAAUUGGGGCCUACACGUAACCUGUGCUGUAUACAACUACGACGGUUCGCAAAUACUGGGAUCUUACAACGACGGCGAUAUAUAUUUAUUCGACGUCGACGGCGAAACCGGAUCUUACUUACACCAAUAUCAAGGUCACCGGAACGGGGCCACCAUAAAAGGCGUCAAUUUCUUCGGACCGAAAUCUGAGUAUAUAGUCAGCGGAUCCGAUUGCGGUAACAUUUAUUUUUGGGACAAAAAUACCGAAGCGAUCGUACAAUGGUUGUUGGCCGAUGAUCACGGCGUCGUGAAUUGUUUGGAACCACAUCCACAAGUUCCAUAUAUUUGUACAAGUGGACUCGAUUGGGAUGUGAAAGUGUGGGUGCCUUCGUGCGAAGUAGAUCCGGAAAUGAAAGGAUUAGCAGAAACUAUAAAACAAAAUAAUAAAUCGAGAUUGAAUUUUAUGCCUCACGAUAUCAACGAAAGCCAAAUGUUGUGGAUGCUUUGGACACAUCUGAGGAGUACUACCAGAGUCAGGCGAGCGUUUCCGAACGGACGCGGAAACUCUGCCAUGCACCCCUCGGAACCCAUCUCGGAUACUUCAUCUAGUUCUUCUAGUUCCAAUAGUUUUAUGUCUGAAGAUGGUGAUGAUGAAUUAUCGACGAGGUGUUCGCCUUCUUAAUAUAUAUGUGUGUAUAUAAACCGUGUGUAGAGGAACUUUUAAACAAAAAAAAAUGAGAUGGUAAAAUUUUCCUACUAAUAAUUCGUUAAAAAAAUAAAUUAUAUUGAUAUUUGA